UUAUUAUUAGAUUCCAGAAAAUUUUGGGUUAUAAGUUAAACCACACUCUGAGCUACUUCCUUUGCCCGAAAUUAGGAAAGAAAAUUUGGAUUAAGGUGUGAGAGAGGAUCGUCUUGGUGGGAAGAAAAGUAGAGAAGAACGGGAGAAGCAUUCAAUCACAGAGCUCAUCGUCGGGAACCUUCGGCUCUAUCUGUAACCUUCAUUUUGGCAUAGAGGUGAAAUAUCUUGUUUAAAGCAAUGCAGAGCCAUAAGUCGGCAAAAAUAGAGCAGGAUUUCCAAAUUCGAAAGCUGGAGAUUUCAGACAAGGCCAAGGGCUUCAUAGAGCUACUGGCCCAACUAAGCAUUUGCAAUUCUGUCUCUGACAAGGAAUUCGAGGAGCGUUUUCGAGAGAUCAGUGCUUUGAAUGAUGAUCAUCUGAUUUGUGUGAUUGAAGAUCACAACUUGGGGAAGAUUGUAGCAACGGGAAGUGUGUUUAUUGAGAAGAAGUUCUUGAGGAACUGUGGCAAAGUUGGGCACAUUGAGGAUGUUGUUGUGGACACAAAUGCUCGGGGGAAGCAAUUGGGGAAAAGGAUAGUUGAGUUUCUGGUUGACCAUGCUCGUUCCAUGGGGUGUUACAAGGUAAUUCUUGAUUGCAGUGUUGAAAAUAAAGCCUUCUAUGAAAAAUGUGGGUUGGAGCAUAAGGGAAUCCAGAUGGGUAAGUAUUUCACUUGAGAGGAAAAAUAAAGAAUUGCAGUAAAAAUUGAUGUGAUUAAUGGCUGCUGCUGCUGAUGAUGAUUCAGAAUUGGAGUUUUAGCAUUUUUAUUGUUUUUGACAUUUCCAAAAUUACCAUCUUUAUAAUCUAAAGACAAAUGAUCUCCAAUUCAUCAGCAGCGUUUUUUUAUUUAAAAUGUUCUUGAUCUUUCUGUUAACUUCCCUAUUUAGGUUAUGGAGUAUGACAUGAGAA